ACUCAUUCGUUCCGCGACGCGUCGUCUCGCCGGCCGGCUUCCGCUAUAUUCACCCGGGCUCAUUCUCAUAGCGUCCGUUAACCGCAACGCAACUCAACCGACUUAGACAUGACGGAAAGCACAGACACGCCCGCGGCCGCAGCGCCUGAAAAGACCCCGACUGAAAACGGCACCACUGAGACCCCGCCGGAGGAAACCCCAGAGAAGGCAACCGAGGAGAAGGAAAAGGAAGCGGUUCCACCGCCCAAAGAGAUGCGCGCGGUGGUCCUUACAGGCUACGGCGGACUGAAGACUGUAAAAAUCCUGAAGAAGCCUGAGCCUACUGUUGGUGAAGGCGAAGUGCUCAUUCGUGUCAAAGCUUGCGGUCUAAACUUCCAAGACUUGAUCGUGAGGCAGGGUGCCAUCGACUCUCCUCCCAAGACCCCUUUCAUCCUUGGAUUCGAAUGCGCUGGUGAGAUCGAGCAGGUUGGCGAAGGUGUCACCAACUUCAAGGUCGGCGAUCAAGUGGUGGCCCUACCCGAGUACAAAGCCUGGGCUGAGCUGGUCUCCGUGCCCGCCCAAUAUGUGUACGCUCUGCCAGCCGGCAUGUCCGCCCUGGACGCAGUGGCCGUCACCACCAACUACCUGGUGGCUUACCUGUUGCUCUUCGAAAUGGCCAACCUGACCCCUGGGAAGAGCGUGUUGGUGCAUUCCGCUGGCGGUGGUGUGGGCCAAGCUGUGGCGCAGCUCGCGAAGACCGUUGACAACGUCACCGUGUUUGGAGUCUGCUCCAAGAGCAAACACGAGGCUUUGAAGGCGAAUAACAACAAUAUUGAUCACCUGCUCGAGAGGGGGAGCGACUACACCAGUGAAGUAAGGAAAGUGGCUCCCGACGGCCUGGAUAUCGUGCUGGACUGCCUGUGUGGCGAGGAAUGCAACCGCGGAUACUCACUCCUGAAGCCUAUGGGCCGGUACAUCCUGUAUGGAUCAUCUAACAUCGUUGCUGGUGAAACCAAGAGCUUCAUCAGUGCUGCUCGUACUUGGUGGCAAGUAGACAAGGUGUCUCCCAUCAAGUUGUUCGACGAGAACAAGAGUCUGGCGGGUUUGAACCUGCGACACCUGCUGUUCCAGCACGGGCGCACGGACUACGUUCGUCGCGCCGUUGAGAACGUAUUCUCGCUGUGGGGAGAAGGAAAGGUUAAGCCACUGGUGGAUUCCACAUGGGCUUUGGAAGAUGUCGGUGAAGCCAUGCAGAAGAUGCACGACCGCAAGAACAUCGGGAAACUGGUACUCGACCCGUCGCUAGAGCCGAAACCCAAACCCGCCACCCCAGCCAAGGGCAAGGCCGGCAAGGAGAAGAAACCAGCCAAAGAGAGCUCCGAGGAGAAGAAGGACAAGGAGGCUAAGGAAGAGGAGAAGAAAGAGAAUGGUGAGAAGAAAGAGAACGGUGAAGAACCGCUCACUAAUGGUAACAGCGAUGAAGAGUCCAAGGACAAGGAGAAGGAGUCUAGCUGAAUUGUUUCCCGCGAGGACUGAACAAGACAAACCACCGCCAAUUGUUUAUUUUAGAGUUUGAAGCCGCUCGUCUACCGCCGUCUGCCGCGUCCGCUGCCGAUGCGGCACCCAUUACGUUGCACGAUGUUCAUUAUGUUUCGUCUAAUUUAUAAGUCUGAUUAAUGUCUGAUCACGACAUCGUUCGAUCUCAAUUACAUCACAAUUUUAAUUUUCAGCUUUUAAAUGCUGUGCCCACCCCGCCACGCACGGGACAAGGGAUGAACUACCAAUGGUGUGAAUAACGAAACGUACCUACGCGUUCUUUUUAUCGCUCCCAUUCGUUUUAUUUUGCCUGCCUGCUCACACUGGCCUAUAUGAGUCAAGUGUGGAAAGGAGAUGACGUGUAAACGAGUGACAGCGAUAAAUCUUUUAUUCACUUUAAUUGGAAGUGACUACUUAUAAUGAUCGAACAGUGUUGUUUAGUUUUAUUUUUCCGAUACAUUAUUUUAUUUGUUACGAUUAUCAUCUACACAAAAGAUGAAAUUCGAUGCGACAGCGAAAUUACAAUGAAUUUAUAUUUUACUCAUUUCUUUUAAUGCAUUAAUUUGGCCUAAGUUAGGAAUUGUUUCUACACUUACGAGUCCUUUAUUAUAGUUUAAGACUUUAUUUUUAAGAUGAGAUAUUUUAAUCUGCAGUUAUUUUGAAUGGCUAUUAUAUAUCUAAGGUGCAGAGAUGCUUAAUCUUUAUGUAUGUUAAGCUUUAAUAUUUUAUUAGUAAAUGUUUAAAAUUGGCCCCGCCGAGCGCUCGCUCGCGUCUCUAUCGUAACUCUACUCCGACUCAGACUCCACUCAAACUUAAACUGAAUUUCUAAAACAAUCGAAGAAAACCUUACGUGUGAUAUUUUGUAGUAGGUAUGCUAGAUGUUUUGCGGUAGGUAUUUUUAUGCAGCCUAUACAUGACAUAUUAAUUUUUUAAUUUUGAGCUUAAAUAUACAAUUUAUUUUAUAUUUUUUAUACUUAGAAGUUUUGUAAAUUAUUUUCUAGUUAGGAAGAGAGUUGUCGAAAUUGAUUUGAGAUCACUCGCGUGGCACAUUGCCCCUCGCUCUCGCCUCAACUGGACGAGCUUAUGUCGAAAUUGUGAAAUAUUUUUGUGGCUAAAAUAAAGUCAACAUAGUCGAUGUCACCUACGAUAUAAUAAGUCAUAUUUUUGUAAAACAAUAGACUGUAAACGGUCUCGUAUAAUUAUAGCUUUUUAUGUAUCUUUACACACAAAUAUCACAUAUCUAAUCGAUCAUACUUUCACACGAUGUGUAACUAGGAAUAAUAUUUUGAUACCAAUAUUCACUGCAUUUCUUUUAUACCUAGCAUAUAUUUGUCUACUAUUAUGUUCGUAAGGUUGUAAGUAACGUUUACCGCCAUAAUGUACAGUGUGGUUUAGGUAUAUGUACCCAGUACUUUAAAUGUUUUAUCUAUAUUACACAUAUCAUGCGGAUAUAGUGAAUUCUCAGAGGCUGAAAUAGUCCGUUCGUCCGGGCCGGACUCCUGCUCAACCGAGCGCGCUGCGCAGGCCUCACUCCGUAAUGCCUCACUAAUUUGGCUCUUUAGAAUUUUUAUACACUUUUUACCCUUUUGGAACGUUUUUGCUAGAGCGCGGCCUGCGUGCGCGCUGCACACUUGCGGCCGACCAAUCCACACCAGGGACAAUCCCAGUAGAUAGCUUUUGUACUAGUGUUGUAGCCUAGAGGGGCAGGCAGGUGGCAGCAGCAGCUACGCGCGCUUUAUCGUCGUACAGUGGCUUGGUGCUAGUCUGUGCGUACGCGGAUACCAAUCUCGCUUCAGUGUCUCGGACCAAUAUCUUAAAGCUAUUUUAGUCUUCUUAUAUCGAUAUCCCUUCGCUUUGUGUGUCAAAUAUGUGCGAAUUCCUUGUAUUGUAAACAUUAUAUUAUCAAAUCUAAUGUAUAUCGACCUGUAUAAUGGUUUAGAAUAUCUCUGACUUUUCUUCUAUAAGGAUAUUUGAGAAAUUCAAUAGGCAUGCUGGGGUGACUGCGCCGUUGUAUGUGUCCAAAUUGUUGUAGGUUAGUAUCCGAAUUGAUGCCAAUAUUUUAUAUCGGGAUGUCCAAGGAAAAUAAUUCGCGCAGUCGCUCCAGCUAGCGACAGACUGGGUCGUUAUUGUAUUACACAUUUAUUUUUAUAAGGGCGGGCCAGUGUGAUACCUAUACUAUGAAAUGGAUAAAUAAAUAUGUAUGAUCUGUAAAAAUGCUUA